GGAAGCAGCAGCGCGGGCACGUUUCGUACGUGGCGGCGAAAAAUCGCUCGCGCUAGCGCGCUCGAUUCUCGUGCUGCGGCUCCGCGAUUCUCGUGCUGCGGCUCCUGAUUCUCUCCACCGAUCUCUCCCACCAGUCCGCCCCGUCGGCUCCGAUGCCGUCGAGUGCGACAGCGAACUGCAAGGCGGCGGCGGCGGCGGCGGCAAUGGGGUCGAUGACGAUCGGGGCCACGUACAAGGCCACCCCGGGCGUCCUCCGCAUGGACGAGGAUGAGUUCACUUUCACCCCUAAUGAUACUCGGUCAGCGAUGAAGCUCAAUGUCGAUUUCCGAAGCAUCAAAUGUCACAAGUUUGGUAGCAAACAGGCACGUUCAUUGUUGAAGCUUUGCAGAGACCCUGGCGAGGGCGGAGACUACAUGUUUGAGUUUGACAAUGUUGCUGAUCGCGAUCAAUGCCGGGACUUUAUAGCCAGGGUUUUAGGCCAACAUCAAGGGACAAUUCCCCCAAGACCAAAUGUGCCUCCUGAAUCAGUUGCUUCAACUGGUUUGGAACAACUCAGUGCUGCAGAAGUGGAGCGGCGGAUGAAAUUGCUGCAAGAAAAUAGAGAAUUGCAGAAGUUGCAUAGGAAGUUUGUCCUUGGGAAGAUUUUGCAAGAAUCUGAAUUUUGGGCAACACGAAAGAAUUUAAUUGAUGAGGAGGCAAAUAAAGCAUCAAAGCAAAGGCCAGGUUUCAAGAGUGCCAUGCUAGAUCUCAGGCCAUCUGCUGAUGGUCAGACAAACAGGGUUACUUUCAGUGUUAAUAAGGAGAUAAUUCAUCAGAUUUUUGUGGAAAAGCCUGCUGUCCAUCGGGCAUUUUUGGAUUUUGUUCCGGAAAAGAUGUCAGAAGAUCAUUUUUGGUCAAAAUACCGUGAAGCUGAGUAUCUACUCAGAACAAAAAAUACUGCAUUGGCAGCAGCUCAAGCUGCUGAAGAUGAGGUACUAGCUGUGUCCCUGAAGAGUGAUGAUGUAGUAGCCAAGGAGGCAAAGUUCAAGAUAAAACAAGUGGAUCCAACGUUAGACAUGGAAGCAGAUGCAGGAGAUUAUUACAUUCAUCUUCUGGUGUGUUGGUACUGCUACCAUGGCUUUGUACCUGACCACAGGAUUCUCCGUGAUGGAAGUAUACAGACAGUUGAUCCUGAUAGUGAAUUUGUCAUGAGAACGUUGUCUCAGGAUCUGAAUCAGCAUGCGGCUGUUGUUCUUGAAGGGAGAUCUCAAGAUAUAAAAUUAACUGAUACAAAGACUGUAGCAGAGGCACUUGCAAGGCUAAAGAAGGAACCAUCUUCUAGUUAUAAUACUGAUGAUGCUAAUCAUGAGAGGUUGGUAAAGGUGGCCCGCAUGACUUAUAUAGAGGAUCUGCAAGCCCCACGAAAUAUCCUGUAUGCACCACUUUGUAUAAAGAAUCCUCAAGAGUAUUUUGAUUCUCAGCAAGCAAAUGCUCUGAGAUCUUUAGACGGCAGCAAUGAUGGAAAAGAAGCCUGUAACUGCAGCCUGAGCACUGAUGAUGCAUUCUUUCAUUUGAUUGAUCAAGUAUCUUCUAUAAAAGCUAAUGGGUUGAACUGUGAUGUUGUUCAUUCAAAUCUGGCUCUUAAGGUUUUUAGUGAGUUGAACAAAGGGAUUUCAUAUUCAAGAAGACGUAACCUUAAAAAUCCCCAUGAGAAUCUUCUUGGUCAGCUGCCUUGCCAGACACGGGAUGAACUUGUGGAUCAUUGGACAGACAUCCAGGAACUGUUGCGUCAUUUUUGGUCAUCAUAUCCAAUCACAAGUGCAGUCCUCUGUGAUAAGGUCGAAAGGUUGAAGGGCGCGAUGGCACAGAUAUAUCAGAAGCUGCAGGAUAUGAAGGAAUCAGCACCUCCUGAAGCAAGGCACGAAAUGUCCCGGCUAGUGAAGCCCAUGGCUCAGGCCAUGGACGCUGCCUUCAGCCAUGAUUUGGAACAGCAGCAGAAAUCCUCAAAGGCAACGAACUAGCCCAACACGUCAGGAGCCGAGCUGCGGAGGAGAGUGGCUUGGUCAGUAUACGGAGAAUGGAUUACGAGGCUGUACAUAAGAGUUGAGAAAGACGAUAGAUCCAAUACACGAUUGCAUUGACCAUUAAGCUCAACCUCUGUUGUCUGUAUAUACAUGUACAAGAGUUAAUCUAGCCUGCUCGUGUGUAUCCUGACUAGCUAUUUUCAUGGGAAGGAAAUUAGGAAAAUCUCAUUUCUUUUUUGUGGGUAAUCUGCUGAUGGCAUGGCAUGACUCCCAAUUGCCAACUAUUUUGGACUCGGAGGUAAAAACAAUACUCUCUCCAUACUAAACUACAGUAGUGAAGUUGUUUUAAUUUUAUUUCAAGUCAAUUUUUUCUAGCUUUA